CCAAACGCGAGCUGCCUGAGAACAAAGACGAAGGAAAGAAAGACUUUCAUUCGGAAGGGCAGAGCAGCGGACCGCCGACCGGCCGUGGGAGAGGUUGGCUUCCCAGCAAGAACGAGAGAGCAAUACAAUGGCGCGCGGUCUUCUGGAGGUGCAUCUGGUCCACGCCAAGGGCCUCUCCGGCACCGAUUUCCUCGGGAAGGUCGACCCGUAUGUGGUGGUGCAGUACCGGAGCCAGGAGCGCAAGAGCACCACCGCCCGAGAUGCGGGGAGGAACCCGAGCUGGAAUGAGGUCUUCAGAUUCCAGAUCAACUCCUCCGCGGCCAAUGUGCAAGAAAAGCUCUUCUUGCGGAUCAUGGACCGCGACAACCUCUCCAGGGACGACUUCCUCGGCCAAGCAACGAUCAAUGUGACCGACCUGAUCAGCAUGGGCAUGGAGAGCGGCACCUCGCGGCUGAACCCGGCCAAGUACAGGGUGGUCACCGCCGACAACUCGUACCACGGCGAGAUCAAGAUCGGCAUCACCUUCACCGCUGCAAAGGUUGAAGAAGACGGAGCACAGGUUGGAGGCUGGGUGCAGAGCUUUCGUGGGCUGAAGGUCUGAGGGUCCGGUCGGGGUCCUUCGGUCGUGCAUAACUAGUGGUGAUGGAUGUGGCAUGCUGCGUGGCUACUAUGCCAACCGCAUCACAUGCCUAUGAUUGAAUGAUGUGAAUGCAAAAGUGUAUAUAUGCUGCAUUUUGUAGCUCUUUAGAUGUAUAGUCAGAGCAGCUUAACUUAUUCAAAUUCAUUUAUGAUUAAGAUUCUUUUGAAACACCAUACAUUCUACAUUGUUGGAU